CACCGGCCGCGCGAGAGGCCGUCUUCACGCUGGCGUUGUACGUGAUUCCGUUCGGCCAGUGGGCCGAGGAGCAGGUCGUGCCGGACGGGAUGGGCACGGACGCGGAGCCCCCGACCGGCCCGCACCUGCUCUCCUUAGCCGACAUGGGAGCCCUAGGAUUCGACUGUGCUCUGAAGCCUGCGCCGGCGCUCACCCCAGGUGGUACGCCCGCCGACCUCAACACGCCAGUCACCACUUCGGAUCUGCCCGCCUUCUUCCCGAGCCUUUUGGAACCACCACCUAUAUCAGGUACAUUACCUGGUGAUGAACUAUCAUUGGGGUGCUCCCCUAGGCGACACAAGCAUGAAGCAUCGCUGUCGCCCGGCGCACGCGCAGAGGAUGCCAGUAAUGCGUCGAGCGCGAGUGCUUCAUUGUAUGGCCCAUCUACCGGCACUACUAAACGUGCCCCUUCACCGCCUCUGCAGUGGCUGAUCCCUUCGGCCCCCGGAGCUGGAGGCGUUGAAAAAUACUUUCAACAAGACUAUGAGGAACGCGUUGAACUACUCCCGCCCGAGUGCCAGCCUUCUUACUGUCCGCAGCCGCAGGCAUGCCCGGCGCCUCAACACUGCGAAUACAGACCGCCGCCACCUCAGCCGCAACCGCAACACUCUUGGGAGUCUCAAGAAUACGCGAGUGCACCGCAACCCACACCUGGGCCUUCCGGUUUGCCAAAACGCGAGCCCUAUCCGAGCCCGAGUGGAGCACCAGUGCAACUCGCAGAGUACAACCCUUCAACGAGCAAAGGACACGAAAUCCUAUCGCAAGUGUACCAGCAAAGCACGCAACCAUUGAGGCUAGUCGCUGUGAAGCCGCGGAAAUAUCCUAACAGGCCGAGCAAAACGCCCGUCCAUGAACGACCAUACGCGUGUCCUGUCGACGGUUGCGAUCGCCGAUUCUCACGGUCUGACGAAUUAACGCGGCACAUUCGCAUUCACACCGGACAGAAGCCGUUCCAGUGUCGCAUAUGUAUGCGUUCCUUCAGCAGGUCGGAUCAUUUGACGACCCAUGUGCGGACCCAUACGGGAGAAAAGCCCUUCGCAUGCGAUGUUUGCGGCCGCAAAUUUGCGCGUUCAGAUGAAAAGAAGCGACACGCUAAAGUGCAUUUGAAGCAGCGGCUGAAAAGGGAGCGCGGCGGUGGUGGCCCGGCGCACCACCACGAACCGCACUCGCACGCGCCGCUCUAGCAGGCAGACCUCGCGGCCGCACCCUCGCCCGCACAUUCCAGUGACGGCGGUGAUGCGUCCGCGACCACCUACGAGACCUCAGAGUCUGAUUAAAUGAACUUUAUACCUUCACGCUGAAGUUAUCAAAUAAUUUCAUCGCAUAAGUGUUAAUGAAUGGUCUUUAACGAAGCUUUAUUAACUCUACAGUUUGUAAAUUCACUGAAAUUUAUAUAUAUAUAAUAUAUAUAGGUAUAUAUAUAUAUCUUUUUAUACGUAUUCGUAAUUAAUGUAAGAAUGAGCUCGUUGUAUUUAUUUAGAUAGGUAGAUUAAUUGAAUGAACAUGAUUGGGAUCAAACGUGAUUACCUACGAAGUGAUGCGGCCUAAUGACCAGUACCCGCAACUACGUACGUUUGCAAAGUGUGAGGAUCCAUGCAUCUGCGCAGGCAACUUUUCUAAAGUUUUACCAUACUAUCGUCUUGAACGUAGCGAAAACAUAUCUGUCUGUCUGACGAUAGUACAUAGUUAAAAGUACUCUUCUAAAAUUAUGAGUGAAUGUGUUGAUUGUGAUCGUAAAUAAAGUGAUACAUUUACAAAAGAGCCCAAUCGCAGGUAAUUGCAAGGCAAAGGACGUGUACAUCGCGAAAAAAAAUUAUAUCGAACCAAAUUACCGAAUAUUAAGGUACAGCUGUCCGCAGUACACCUUUGGCCACGAUUACCUUUUGAGGAUUCUUGGUAGACUAAAUAAUAUUCUUAUACUUGACAACUAACGUGAAACUGUGCCAUUAAUUUAACUUUACAACGUGCCACUGCAAUUUUAUUUUAAUACGUACUAAGUGUAACACGACUGCUAAAUAAGGGAUAACUUAUAAUUAUUUUAUUAUAUUUCUAGUCGAAUUGAAGUAAAAAUGGGAGUGUGAGAUUGUCGGCUAUUGUUAAUAUUUUUUUUUAUAUCUAUCUCUUUUGUAUAAAAAUAGAACAUUAUUUAGUUCUAGACAGCAGCUGUCUUUCUUGCUCAAAUGAUUCAUUUUAACAAAAUUUGCUCAAUUUAUCUUUUCUUUUUACGAAACUAUUAACAUUCUUACUUUUUAUACCUCCGUUACCUAUAUUUAUUAUCGUUGGUCUUGAGAGCUCUCUUUGCAUUAUCGCACUUGUUAUUCUACUGUUCACUAUCCUAUUCUUACCCAGUGGCAUAUACAUAUUUUUGUAACGUGCGUAUUAUAGACUAAUCUAGUUAUAGUGUCUGGCGGUAAAUUAUGAUCUCUUAAUCAAUAUUAAUUAUUUCGAGUACCUAUAGUGAAGUCUCUUUAUUUAUAAUACUCAUAAGUUUUGUAGAUAUAAAUUACCUGUAAGAUUGGUUUCUAAAGUGUAGAAUCAGUUACUGUGAUUAUGUUUUUUAACGUUCCUGUAGAUGGGAAUAAAGCGGCCAGUAACUGGCUUUUACGGGUUUUCCCACAACGAUAGCGUACCUGUGUUGGCCAGUCUACCCUGACCAGACCCCUUUGGCACGGUCUAAUUUACGACAACUUAUUGGUAAUCUCGUUGUGAAAGAAAACCCUGUCGUUUAAUAAAAACUCAUUCGCAAUCAUGUAGAUACCCAUUAUAGAUGUGAUUUUAUUUCAUUGUAAGUACAAAAUUGUGCACAACCAGAUGUUUUAUAAGUGAAUGUUAGAUUUAAAAUUGCCUUUAAUGAUACAUUCUAUUGUAAUUACUAGUUUCAUGUGUUGAAUCACCAUGUUAUUCAUCUUUAUUUUAGAAUAAGAUGAUGUUUUGGAAACAAAUGUGCAAUCGCAAGAAAUAAAAACCAAUAGCAAUUGUUACAAUGUCAUCACCAAACAAGCAGUGAUAAAUACACAACAGGGUGAGCCUUUCAAUAAUGUUGGUCGUUAUGAAUUUAAGAUAUCGGACAAUAAUAUUACUAACUCGCUGGACUUGGGAACGAAAAAAACAAUUUCGAAUUUGUAUAACAUAAUAGUAUCUAGUCCUACUCUGGAAGAAACGCACAAAUUUUAGUGUAAAAAAGACUUAUUCCAAUUGGAACACCCGUAUCCCAACAGUAGGCAGCUGUAUCUUACUGAUGCUUUUGUUGGACAAAAAUAAAAGUAAAUAUUAGUCCACGUAAAUCAACUGUGCUCCUGAUGUACCGUUCUUAGAAUAGACUAGGUGCCAUUCAUACGGGUACCCUAAGUGCAAUAAGUCUAACAAAAAUUCUAAAACCUAAUGAUAUCGUUCCCAGUAGUUCAGCUUUCAAUAUUGUUGCAUAAAGUGCAGGAACUUUGUGACCUGUACUCGUGUUCGUCAGUAAAACUAACGCGACCAUACAUUUCUGUACAUGGCAAGAUUGUUCGAGUUUAUAAUGUUUUUACUGUUAUACAGAGACGAAGUCUCCGAUAGGCAAGGCUAGCGUAGAUAGGUUUUUAAAUAAAACAUGUUAAUCAAACGAGUGACAAUUGAAACGGAGAAGACUAAAUUCUAAACUUUUACGUAAUGUUGCAUCGCGUUAAAGUUAUUGAUAUACGAUGUUUGUUUAGGAAGCGAGUUGAAUUGCGACUUGCCGCUUGUUGGAGGGUCGCAAUCCUCUCGUCGCGCGACCAGUGUCCAAGAAACGAAGUUUUACAUUGUUAGGUGCGUAACAAUCAGCGUUGCGAUAGAGUGCAUCAUACCUAUCACAUCUCAUGUUACUAUCUAGAUCUUAGCGAAUUUUUCUAAAACGAAUACCGAUUUAUAUCAUAUAAACUAUCAUGGUUUACAUGAUAUAGUGUUCACAUGAUACCUAGAAAAUGGGUGCGAAAUCUUAACGAAUUUUUGUAAUUACGGUUAUUAUUUUAAGCCAUCUUUCUAUUUCACCAGAGUGAAAGAUGUUGUUGAUGUUCUAAAAUAUGUUUAGCAUAAGUAAGUAGCUAUUGUUAAAUCUCACUAAUUUUUACUAAAUUCUAUUUAAUAUAUUUGUAAAUACACUGACUAAAUUUCGAUUUAAUGUGUAUAUAAGAGAAAAAGAAAUUUUUAUUAAAUAUGAAAAUCACCUAAGGUGCGAAAAUACAAAUUGUUGACAACUGAAUUUCGGAGUUUGAUUACCCUUUCCUAUUAACAAAUAGAAAUCUACACAUGCGCUUUGGAAGCAGUAGUAGUUAUAAUUAGAUUUAAGUGAUGUGACGUCAA